AAAAAAAAAAAAAAAAACACUUAACUGCCUUCCUUAUUGUGUCUCUUUCUUGGACGGGUGCUCAGCUCAUAGGGCAGGCAUCCCAUGUCCCAGGAGAGGACCAUUCUUGGCCCAGCCAUGAAUAACUGUGUUCUCCUGGAGGAACAGCUGAUCAAAAAAUCCCAGCAGAAGAGAAGGACUUCGCCCUCCAACUUUAAAGUGCGCUUCUUUGUCUUAACCAAAUCUAAGCUGGCUUACUAUGAACAUCGCCAUGGGAAAAAAAGGACUUUGAAGGGUUGUGUAGAACUUUCAAGGAUUAAAUGCGUGGAAAUUGUGAAAAGUGACAUCAUCAUCCCCUGUCAAUAUAAAUAUCCUUUCCAGAUCAUCCAUGAUAACUACAUACUCUACGUGUUUGCACCCAAUCGCGAGAGUCGGCAGAGAUGGGUCUCUACAUUGAAGGAAGAAACCAGGAACAACAACAGUUUAGUCUCAAAGUAUCAUCCAGACUUUUGGAUAGAUGGCAAGUGGAGAUGCUGUGCUCAGACAGAGAAGAUGGCAGUUGGCUGUAUAGAGUAUGACCCCACCAGAAAUGCCUCAAAGAAGCCACUUCCUCCCACUCCUGAAGAUAACUGGAAAUUGUUGCUAGACACAAAGGAAGCCUUAGUCAUGGCCAUAUACGACUAUGAAGCCCAGAACCCGCAGGAGCUGACGUUACAAUACAAUGAGGAAUAUUACGUGAUUGACAGCUCUGAGGAACAUUGGUGGCUGAUUCAAGAUAAGAACGGGCAUGAAGGCUAUGUGCCAAGUAGCUACCUGGCGGAAAAAUCACCCGAGAAUCUGCAAAUAUAUGAAUGGUACAAUAAGAACAUCAGCAGAAGCAAAGCAGAAAUGCUCCUCAAGGAUGAGGGUAGGGAAGGUGCCUUCAUGGUGAGAGACUCGAGGCAGCCUGGCAUGUACACAGUCUCUGUUUUCACCAAAGCAUUAAGCACGGAUAACAAUCCUGUUAUAAAACAUUAUCAUAUCAACGAAACAACAGACUUUCCCAAGCGAUAUUACUUGGCAGAAAAGCAUGUGUUUGACUGCAUCCCCGAACUCAUCAACUAUCACCAGCACAAUGCAGGAGGUCUUGUCACUCGUUUGCGAUAUGCAGUCUCUUCUUGGAGGAAAAAGGCCCCAAUCACCGCAGGUCUGAGCUAUGGAAAAUUGGUCAUUAAUCCCUCAGAGCUCACCCGUGUACAGGAAAUUGGCAGUGGUCAGUUUGGGGUGGUUUACCUUGGCUACUGGCUGGAGAAAACAAAAGUAGCCAUAAAAACCAUUCGUGAAGGAGCAAUGUCUGAAGAGGAUUUUAUUGAGGAAGCUAAAGUAUUGAUGAAGCUGUCUCAUUCCAAACUAGUCCAGCUUUAUGGUGUGUGCUUUGAGAACACUCCCAUAUGCCUGGUGUUUGAAUUCAUGGAGCACGGUUGCUUGUCUGACUACCUCAGGAGCCAGCGGGGCACUUUUUCAAAAGAAACCCUCCUGGGGAUGUGCCAAGAUGUGUGCGAAGGAAUGGCUUAUCUGGAAGAAAAUUCUGUCAUCCACAGAGACCUGGCUGCUAGGAACUGCCUGGUGGGGGAGUCCCAGGUGGUCAAAGUGUCUGACUUCGGGAUGUCGAGGAUUGUCCUUGAUGAUCAGUAUACCAGCUCCACGGGCACCAAGUUUCCAGUCAAAUGGUCUGCCCCGGAGGUUUUCUCCUACAGCAACUACAGCACCAAAUCAGACGUUUGGUCAUUUGGAGUGCUCAUGUGGGAGGUCUUCAGUGAAGGUAAAAUGCCCUAUGAGAACCGCACCAAUGGAGAAGUGGUGGAAGAAAUCAAUGCAGGAUUUCGGCUCUACAAACCCAAGCUGGCCUCCAAGGCUAUUUAUGAGGUCAUGAGCCACUGCUGGAGCAUGAGGAAAGAAGACCGCCCGUCCUUUUCUCUUCUGCUCUAUCAUCUGAGUGAAAUCUCUGAGUGUGAUCUGUAAUGGUGGCACUGGCCGCUAAGUGAAGCUGAGAGUCCUGAGAGGGCAGAUGGCUGGAUUUUCCCCACAUGAGCAUUAACAGGAAUCCUCUCACCAUAGACACUUGUCGUAUGCCUGGGGAGAAGGAGAGGGCAGAGGCCAGUACUUCCAGACAGACAAGAUAUUCUCAGGUCUUCCAGAGCUCAGGCACAGGCUUUGGACUGGCCGGGAAAGUGGUUUGCAUCUUACAAGCAGAACCAGCAAUUGAGGACAGAUUCCUGCACCACACAACCCAGCAAGUGUACUUCUCAUGAAGACACAGCCUCAAAAGUAAGAGAUCUGGCAUUGCUAUUCCAGUUCUGUGAACUCCCAAAUCAAGUUCUUCCCUGAGGAAGAAG